GCAAAUGUUAAUUAAUUUAGUCAAUGAACAGCGGAGGUUUAUCUAUUACCCAAGGGAAUGCAUGUAAGGCAGUAAAUAAGAAGUUUUGGGCGAAGGGUGACAAUAUCCUUAAUGGAGAGAAUGUUGUUUAUCGGUUAUCUGCAGCAUGUCAUAUUAAUAAUCUAUGGGGAAAAUCAAUAGAAAUGGACAUGAUUAGUACGUAAAGCUAGAAUUAUAUGUGGUUAUAAAUUUCCAGCAUGAAAAAUGAAUAAAGUGCUAUUAAAGUUGACAUAGGGAUACACUGUACUAUCCGCAGCCGUCCAAGCAGCCUCUCAGAAUUUAUAACAUUGGCUUAAAUGAAGCUAUAAUAGGCACAUAGAAUCUUUCAUUCAAUUCAUUUUGAGCGUUUGUUCAUCACGAGCACACUAAUUGUUCGUUUGUAGAAUUUCACUUGACGCGGAAUUACCAUACGGUCUAUACAGGAGAUGCUUUGUUUGAAAGCAAUGUUGAUCGCUUUAUGUUUACCAAGAGUUUUGACCAUAAAAUUUACUUCGAAAUCCGAUUAUUAUGACAUUGGAAUAGCGGAUUUAACCAGUGUAACUUCGUUUACAUUCGACGUGAAAACAUGUGAGGCUAUUGCACUUUAUCUGUGUGGCGUCAACAUCUAUUUCGAAUGUGUGCUCACAUACUCGUGGAUACUUCGCAAUGAUGUCACUGACCUAUACAUUGGCUAUCCCAGUGACCCCAUAUCACAAAACACGCCAAAUAUUCUUGACUGCGGAUCAUUUAGGGCGUUUUGGAUUAGUUGGGAUAAAGGUUACAUCCAGUUAGGAGCUGGUCGAGAUAUCGGAAAGGAAACAAUCCUGAUGCACAGCAUAGACCAUGCUGCCACAAGUGACGUAAAAGUUUUAGAAGUGAGAGCAGGAGUAAAUGGGUCCGCAGAAUGGGAUAUCACCCCGUCAAAUCAGACACGGAGAAAAGCAUUCUUUCGCAAGCAUCCAUUUUGUGACCCUAUAGCUGAAAUAUUGGCCAAUCUGACCACACACGACAAGGAACACUGCGCUCAUGAGUGUCUGAGCAAUCUUCGUUGUAACUCAUUCAACAUUGACCAGAGCCCGGAAGAAGGCACUGGUCUUUACCGAUGUCAGCUGAAAGCAACCUAUUUAGGUGUUCCCCAUCCCCAAGCGAGUGCACUCCCUGUCGAUCGCUGGGAGAUGAUAUACAACUAACUAUAGCAAGACCGACUUGAAGACGUCACUAUAUGACGUCAUAUUGCCACAGGGGACUGACGUCACAUACCCAAAACAAGCUGAUUCAACCCAAAGGCAGAUCUAGUUGGAUUAAUACACAUCUGUCAACGCUAACA